AUGAGCAACCCAUUUGGCGACCUUCCUACUCGAAAGGUUGCCUUUGUGGCUGGCGCCAAUGGCAUUAGUGGUGGAGCCAUUGUUGACCAUCUGAUCAAACAGCCAAGCAGAGAAUGGUCGGAGAUCAUCAUCACUUCGAGGAGGCCGGUUCAGUCGGUAUACACGGACCCGAGGAUUCGGUUCGUUGCCCUCGACUUCCUAGAACCGGCAGAGGGAAUCGUCGAGAAGAUCAAGGAGCUCUGCAAAGAUGUUACUCAUGCCUUCUUUACUUCCUACGUUCAUGACAAUGACUUCUCGAAGCUCUACGUGAAGAAUGGCCCUCUGUUCCGUAAUUUCCUAGAAUCGGUGGACCUAGCCUGCCCUAGACUGCAGCGUGUGGUGUUGCAAACUGGAGGAAAGCAUUAUGGUUUCCAAUUCAGAGACAUCACAACCCCCUUCGUGGAGAACAUGCCCCGCUACGAAGGCCCCGAGAACCUCUUCUACUACGAGCAGGAAGAUGACAUGUUCGCCAUCCAGAAGCGUCGUAGUACUUGGAACUACAACAUCAUUCGUCCCAUGGCUAUCAUCGGCUACAGCUGCCAGUACCUCGGCAUCAACGAAACACUUCCGAUAGCCCAAUACUUCCUCAUCUGCCGUGAACUCGGCCAAGCCCCCCAGUGGCCAGGAGACCUAUCCGGCUAUCACCGAGUCGAGAACCAGUCUUACGCCCCCAGCAUUGCUGAUCUCACUGUCUGGGCAGCGACACAGGACCAGUGCAAGGAUGAGGCCUUCAACCACAUCAAUGGCGAUGUGAUUGUGUGGAAGUUCCUGUGGCAUUUGCUGGCCAAGUACUUUAAGGUCCCGAUGGACAAGUUUGAGCCUCCUACAGAGGAGACGAAGCCUAUGGACAUGGCCGACUGGGCCAAGGACAAGAAGUCGACAUGGGAGAAAAUCGUGGCCAAGUACGGUGGUGAAAUUGAGUCGUUUCAGCUAGACGCAUUUGAGUUGUUGAACUGGUUGCUCACGCCAACCCAGCAGAAGACGCCAUUCAUCAGCACUGGUACCAAGGCUCGCGAGUUUGGCUGGAACCGUAGUGAUGACACUUACCAGGCAUGGUUGAACACAAUGCGAUCCUACGAAAAUGCUGGCGUUCUUCCCACCCCUUGA